AAGGGCUGCGCUCUCUUUCUCUCUCCCCCACACAAUUCCCCUCAGGGAGACGGGGAGGGAGCGGGGCAGACACGCACCCGGAGCUCCGCCCGCCCAGGGAGGCAGGAGUUCCAGGAAGAGCCAGGGAGGCAGGCGGUUUCCCUCGCUCGCUUGCGCGCCCAGAGACUCCUCGCUCCCCACCUCGGAGGCUUGGCUCCUUCCUCAAGGCGGGGCGGCUUCUCGCGUCAGACCCCUUUCGGGGCGGGGAGGCGGCGAAAAAGAGGAGGAGGAGAAGCGUAGAAAAGAGCUGUGCCGCGUUGCUAGACUGAGAGAGAGACGGAACGCGGCGGCUUCUCCUCACGGGAACAAAGAGGCGCGAAAGCGAAGGCUGAGGGGGAAGGGGGGGGGAAGAAGGAAGGAAGGCGGGCGGGCUCCUUUGCUUUCUUUCCCUUCUCUCUCUCCAACGGCCACCGCGGAGAUGAGAGAAGAGUGAAGAGGCAUGGAUAUAACAUGAGUUCCCUAACAUGUUCAGAAAGGAUAUGAAUUUUGCAAAAGCUUAUUCCUUGGUGAACUAGAUAAAAGAUGGAUGAGUCAGCCUUACUGGAUUUGUUGGAGUGUCCUGUCUGCUUAGAACGCCUUGAUGCUUCUGCAAAAGUAUUGCCUUGUCAACAUACAUUUUGUAAGCGGUGUCUGUUGGGCAUUGUGAGCUCCAGAAACGAGCUUCGAUGUCCAGAAUGCAGGACGUUAGUAGACUGCAGUGUUGAUGAACUUCCCAGUAACAUUUUGCUGGUUCGACUACUGGAUGGCAUCAAGCAGAGGCCCCGGAAACCUGGUGGUGUGGUGAGUUGCACAAAUUCAUUAAGGGUCCAGACUAGCACUGUUGCUAACUGCAUUCCAAAAGACCUGCAGAGUUCUCAAAGUAACCAGCAGCAGAGAGUACAAGCACGGAGUCCUCCUGUUAGGGGUGUACCUCAGUUACCUUGUGCCAAAGCAUUAUAUAACUAUGAGGGGAAAGAGCCUGGAGAUCUUAAAUUCAGCAAAGGAGACAUUAUCAUAUUACGUCGGCAAGUUGAUGAAAAUUGGUAUCAUGGAGAAGUUAAUGGUGUCCAUGGAUUUUUCCCGACCAAUUUUGUCCAGAUUAUUAAACCUUUACCUCAACCUCCACCUCAGUGCAAAGCACUUUAUGACUUUGAAGUUAAAGACAAGGAAGCAGACAAGGAUUGUUUACCCUUCUCAAAGGAUGACAUUCUGACUGUGAUUCGCCGAGUAGAUGAAAACUGGGCUGAAGGAAUGUUGGCUGACAAAAUAGGAAUAUUUCCUAUUUCAUAUGUUGAGUUUAACACAACAGCAAAGCAGCUGAUAGAACUGGACAAGCCCUCAGGUUCAGCAGGAGACUCUGGAGAAGGCACGUCUGGUGCAUCCCACAGCAAUUCAAUUCAAAAGCACACGGAUACCAAGAAGAACACCAAAAAACGCCACUCCUUUACCUCUCUUACCAUGUCCAACAAGGCUUCGCAGGCUUCUCAGAAUCGUCAUUCAAUGGAAAUCAGUCCUCCUGUCCUCAUCAGCUCUAGCAACCCUACUGCUGCAGCCCGCAUCAGUGAACUUACAGGCCUUUCCUGCAGUGCACCUUCUCAGGUUCAUAUUAGUACUACGGGGCUAAUUGUGACCCCACCACCCAGUAGCCCAGUGACAACAGGGCCUUCAUUUACCUUUCCAGCUGAAGCAACCUACCAAGCUGCUCUUGGUACACUGAAUCCCCCUUUACCACCACCACCUCUCUUAUCUGCUACAAUAAUUGCUCCAACCUCUGCUGGGCUGCCUUCAGGAGCAGCUCAAAAAUCUGCAGCGGGAUCAACUGAGCAAAUAGCACAUUUGCGCCCACAGACAAGACCAAGUGUGUAUAUUGCUAUUUAUCCAUAUACUCCUAGAAAAGAUGAUGAACUGGAAUUGAGGAAAGGAGAGAUGUUCUUGGUGUUUGAACGUUGUCAGGAUGGCUGGUUCAAAGGAACAUCCAUGCAUACAAGCAAAAUUGGUGUGUUCCCUGGCAAUUACGUGGCACCAGUCACAAGGGCAGUGACAAGUGCCUCCCAAGCAAAAGUCCCUGUAUCUACUGCUGGUCAGACAGGGAGGGUGGUGACUAUGGUCAAUACUUCCACUGCUGGAGGAACAUUGCAAAAACUUCAGGGAAAUGGUGUGACAAUGAACGCCAGUGCAGUACCAACAGCUGUGGUCUCUGCUGCACAUAUACAAACCAGUCCACAGACCAAGGUUCUUAUGCACAUGACUGGCCAAAUGACAGUCAACCAGGCUCGCAAUGCAGUUAGAACAGUUGCAAUACACAGCCAAGAAAGACCCACAGCCACCGUGACGCCCAUUCAGGCUCAAAGUUCAGCAUGCCUUAUUCCUGCUGCUGUAAUUAUUCCACACCAUUCUGUUGCCUCCCAACAGCUCCAACCUCAGCUUUCUAAUGCUGCUGCUUACAUCACUGCUGUGAAUAUCAACCGGACAAAUCUCCCAUUAGCUUGUACAACAGCAUCUCCUGGCACUUCUGCAUCUCUGGAUGGAGAUGCAAAUGGGAGAACUGUGACUGCUCACCCUGGAGCUCCAGCUUCCCCAGAGAAUACAUUAGUAGCUGGAGGAAUUACUACUGUCAGUAAAUCAGAUAGAGAUGGCAAGAAAGAAAAAAAGGGUUUGCUAAAGUUACUUUCAGGAGCAUCUACCAAGCGCAAACCUCGAGCAUCACCACCAUCAUCACCAACUCUGGAAGUUGAGCAGGCAGCUGCGGAGCUGGCCCUGCAAGGUGCUGUAGGACCAGAAGUUCCAUCGGCUUCUAGUCAUGGAAGAGCUGAGUCCUGCUCUGCGGACAAUGAAACCUCUACAUCAAUGCAAGAUGUUACUCAUCGGAAAGCAAGUUCUUUGGAUUCCAGUAUUCCUAUAGCUCCCCCUCCACGGCAGCCCUGCUCUUCAUUAGCUCCAAUCCUGAAUGAAUGUAGGCCUGUUGUGUGUGAACGAUAUAGAGUUGUGGUAUCGUAUCCUCCUCAGAGUGAAGCUGAGCUUGAACUUAAAGAAGGAGAUGUUGUUUUCGUACACAAAAAACGUGAAGAUGGUUGGUUCAAAGGCACAUUGCAGCGAAAUGGAAAAACUGGCCUUUUCCCUGGCAGCUUUGUGGAGAAUAUCUGAGAUUUGUUUCAAAUAUUUCAAAUCGCACAGCACUAUAAAAUAGCACAAAUAUUUUACAAGAGAUAGUGCAGCCAUUGAAGACUUUUUAAAUGUCUGUAAUAUAAACAAAUUUAUAUUUAUGUUUUCCAGUAUCCCACAGCACAAUUUUGCCAUAAAAAAAUAUGAUGAGAGACUUGCUGGGUGUUUUUUUAUUAUUAUUUUGAAUUUUUAAGUGUAAUGUGUGCCUUGUAAUGUCUGAUCUCACACUACACAGGAAGAUAUCUUCCAAAUAUGUAACACAAAAGAGCAAUUGUUUACAAGGCUGUAACUAAUUUAUUCUUAAUUUUCUAAACUUGAAUUCUGUUUAAUAGCUUAAUCUUUGUGAUUACGAUUAACAACUUAUUAAUUUAUGAAAUGAGAAAAGGAGAAGCUGGAUUAUCUCCUUAGAUACAAAGGCAUAGUUUCUGACAGAUUGCUUUCUCCCACUGUGCGUGACAGUGAAGUGAGUUUGUUUUAUGGGGUAAUGUUGGCUGUAAUGAUGGUGAUGUGGUGUCAAAUUGAAGCUGCAAACUGGGAUAAAAUGGUACCGUGAGCUUUUCUUAUUUUGGGUGAGAAACUAUCUGUCAAUGGACAAGCCUAAAUUCUCCAGACAGUGUAAUAUUUCUGAAAGGCAAAGCUGUAACUACAACAGAGUUAACGUUCACAGAGUGAGAAUAAAAAAUGGUGAAAAUGCCAGGAAAUAGGAAAUCAACUUUCUCUAGCUUCUGCUUAUUCAAGAGUUUGGGACAUCUGUCAAGAUACUGCUUUGUGGAUCUGGCUAGUUCUUUGGCACUCACAGAAUAUAAAUGAGAUUAAGAGAUGUUAACUGCAGAACAAUGAGAAAUAGUAAUUAGCUGCAAGAACUGGUAGAAUUCGAAAUUUAAAUUCAAGUUGCAUUCACUGUCUAAAUAUGCCAAGAAAUGUCAUUUACUUAUUUUACCUUUUCAAAGUGAUUUGCAUGGCUGAGAGACAAUUUUACAAUGUUUGAGCAAUAGUGGUGGUAAGUGAUACACUUGUGUUUUUAAAGUAAAGGCUGUAAGAACACUGUGAAAAUUUUGCUAAUUUUGUAACUAUUGCUACUUUCAUAUGUCUUAACUACUCAUUGUCUUGCAUGUAUUACCAAAUUAUCACAGGCAUAUAAAACACUGCAUGAUUUAUAGAUUGCAUUCCAGUCUCCUGUUGUGGGUUUUUUUGAAGUGCCCACUUGGAGAUGUUAAAUCAACCAGCUGUCUGCAUCACGGAAGCCACUGACCAAGACUAGUGAGUGAGUGAGUCCUAGUUAGGUAAAGAGUACUCUAGAGUCCAAAUAUCCACAUCAUUCCAGCCAUUAAUAUUUAGAAAUGUAGGAGAUAUGGGGAGCUUGUUCUGUGCCACAUUGCAGCAAGAACAUACUCCCUCUCAGUUUCCCCCCUUGCUGCCUUUUCACUGUUAUUCAUCAGACAUUAGAAAUUAACUUAUUUAUAACCAUGGGGGCUGGGGCAGAAAUGAGGGUGCACAUUCCUAUCUCACUCCUUUUUUCUAGCCACCACAGUGAAGCAUGGGGACAGAAAAACAACAACUUCGAAGUCGCAGGGGAGAUAAAUAGAAGAUUGUAUUCUAGCUUUAUUUGUGAUUCUGGUUAUACAUUCACUUUCAGAUAAAAUAUGAAGUUCUUGGAGCUUUUUUCUUUUUGUAACAGCCACCUUUUCAAGGGAGUGAGAGGGGUCUAAAUAUACUCAGCCCAACGACUAGUCUUUCCAUGUCCAACUAUUAAUCUUCCCUCUUCCUCUCCAUUCUAACUAAAGUGACUGGGGAAGCUAAGGGAGUGGAUGACAGAUUAGAAAUGACCUUUUUGUCACUUGCACAGUCUUCUAGUUCCCUUAAACUGUUUCUUGGCUUCUGAAACAGCUACCCAGCUGGGAAAGCCAAAAGGGUGACAUUGGAGAGAUUUGUCACCCUUAGGUACAUUAGUCUUGGCCUCUGAUAUCUCUCAACAGUAGCAAGAAAUGUGGAAUUAAAGAGAGGCAAGUUAGCAACUGACAGACCAUAUCUUUGGUGCCUGGGAACUGUCAGUUGCUAACCCUAAAUGGAUCCUGUACAAAAAAACCUCUACUAUUUCCAGGGCUUUUAAAAGCCAUUUGGCACUGGUGAUCCAUUCUAUACAUACAAGGUUGCCUUUUAUACGAUUGUUUGACUGCAGCAAUCUCAUUAUGCCAUGCUCAGCUGAACCUAUUCCUACAUGAGAUUUAACUAACUGUUACCACCCUUUAUUCUGGUAGGGUCCUGCUUCCUUAGCAAUAGGCAAAAUUUUAGUUAGUGCAGAUUGUCUUGCUGGAGAUGCGCUGUCUGCCCAUGAUAUAGCUGCUAAGAAGUUAGUUAUGAAUAAAAGCAGGCAGCUGGCACCUUUUCCCCUACUUUCAGAAUUGGUGGACUUGGAAAGUUCUUAUUCCUUUCCAGAACUGAACUUGCAGCACAAUAUAAUUAAGGGAGAUAUAUGCAAUAUAAAGGAGAAAAAUAUACUCUAGCUGAUGGUAGGCUAAUGAUUUUCUGAUACAAAACACAACUGAUUUUUUACUUUACACAUGGGGAGGAAAUUAUUAGCUGAAGGAUUUUCUUGCAAUAUCAAGUAGUUUCAUGAUAGUCUUCAUAUAAAUUAUAUUGUUGGAACUGAAAUCAUUUUUAAAUUAACACCCAUACAAGACACUGUACAACUCAAUUCUUGUGGAAUUUAGAAAAAUUAGUUACUUGAAUAUUCAUGUGAUAUACAAGCUAAUGAAAUGAACUUUAGUUCAGCAUAACUUGACACUAAUGUGUCAAACCUUAUUUUCACAAAUUAGUGUUUUAUAUAUUAAAAAGACUACUACAGAUAAUUUUUCUCUUCUCCAUAAGGUAGAAUAUCUGUGUGACACAGGUACCUCUAUUCAUAGGGUUUUAUUAUGUAAAGUCUAUCAAAAUAUAAAUUAAUAUGAUAGUGUUGUUAGAUAUAAUACAUUUUCUAAUGACUUUUUAAUAAAAGAAAUCACUUUUUGUUUUUAAGGGCUUGUUACACAACAGUACAACAAUGACAAAAAAUGCAGUUUUCUAUGCCUUGUGACCUUUAUAAAGUUGUGGGAGUUGGGUUAGGGUUUUUUCGCUUGUGUGUAAUCCAGUGUAUGAACAAAAAACCUUUACAUUCAUUUUGUGUUUUUCCUUAAAAGAGAUUCUGUGAAAAAAUUUAGUGUCUAUAUUUAAAGUCCAGUGAAUGUUAUGUGUUUUUCUCUGUUAAAUUUCCAUUCCUAAUAAAUAUUUUCUUAGCAAACAUCUGAAA